GUCUUCUUUUUUUUUUUCAGUUGGUUUUUGUACUUCAGUUAGACUUACUUUGGGUUUCAGUUGGUCUUUAUUCUUUUUCAGGUAGUCUUCAUUUUAUUUCAGUUAGUCUUCAUUUUUUUUCAGGUAGUCUUAAUUUUUUUUUAGGUAGUCUUCAUUUUUUUUCAGGUAGUCUUCAUUUUGUUUUCAGUUAGUCUUCUUUUUUUUUUCGGUUGGUUUUUGUACUUCAGUUAGACUUAAUUUGGGUUUCAGUUGGUCUUUAUUCUUUUUCUGGUAGUCUUCAUUUUUUUUCAGGUAGUCUUCAUUCUUUUUCAGGUAGUCUUCAUUUUUUUUCAGGUAGUCCAACUGAAAAAAAACAAAGUCCAACUGAAACAAAACAAAGUCCAAGUGAGAGAAACACAAAGUCCAACUGAAAGAAAACAAACUUCAACUGAAAGAAAACAAAAUCCAACUGAAAGAAAACAAAGUCCAACUGAAAGAAAAAAAAGUCCAACUGAAAGAAAAAAAGUCCAACUGAAAGAAAACAAAGUCCAACUGAAAGAAAACAAAGUCCAACUGAAAAGAAAACAAAACACUAACAUCUGCUUUCUCUCACUUUCUCCUUCUUCUGAUUACUCAUUCUCUCUCCUCCUUCCAAAAAUUGCAAAAAAACACACCAAUUUCAUACGUUUAAUAAUUGCUUCCACCGUCAUCUUUCAAAUCUUAAAUUCCCAUCUUCAUUGAAUUCAUUCAAACAGAAUGAACAUUUGGAAUCGAUUCGAAAGAAUAAAAUAUGCUUGAAAGGUGGAUUGGCCACUCCAGUUGGUGGUGGUGUGAGUUUGUUGAAUAUGCAGUUGAGGAAGGAGCUUGAUUUGUACGCUUCUUUGGUCAAUUGUUUUAAUUUGAAAGGAUUGCCUACAUGCCAUCAAAAUGUUGAUAUUGGUGUCAUUAGAGAGAAUACUGAAGGAGAAUACUUUGGACUUGAACAUGAGGUUGUUCCUGGCGUCGUCGAAAGUCUUAAGGUGGUGGUUUGGAAAAUUGAUAUCGAGAUAAUUUAUGGAGUUCAAGCUAGAGUUGGUGAUCUUGGAGGUUUAUUAGCAGAGGAUUAUAUAGCGGUUGAGGUUCGUGUGUGGGAAGCUCGGAAUGGAUCAAAAAUGAAGAGUUUGGUUAUGAAAUUAUAAUUAGAUUUGCUAUUCAGAGGUUGUAUUUAGGAGUAUAUAUCCUUAUGUGAGAAUAAAAUAUUAUAUUAUUUUGGGAACCGAAUAAGGUAUUAUGUAAUAUGUUAUUUGGUUUUAAAGAUGAUGACUUGGCUUGCAUCACAAAACAACCAUUUUCUUUCUUUCCUCGAGCCACGACCAAUGAACCUUUGGCGAGCUUCCAUCAACCUUCAUUGUAGCCCAUUACCCACAGGUCCAAGAUCGUUUUAUAGGUUAUGUUUCCGCUGCGAGUGAAUAUAAUUCGAAGUUACUAUAAGUGUUAAAUGAGAUUAAUGAAUGUUAAGUGUAAUUAGCUAGCAGCUCGGACGUGCGGGUUGUUACAGAGGUGUAAAAGUCAAAGUUAUUUAGGGAAAUGGGAUAAAAGUCAGGGUCAAGUAAUGUAAUUUUUCAUCCUUUUAUUGGGAAUACAAGAGGAGAAAUUGUGAUUUC